AUGAUUAUUAGCUCAUGGAAUAUUAGGGGGUUAAGGGGUGAUGGGAAGUUAAGGAUAGUGAAAGAACUUAAGAGGAAGCAUAGGCUGGAUAUGUUAGGGUUGGUCGAGACUAAACGACAGUUAAUAACAAGGUUUGAUGUUGUGAAAAUAUGGGGGAACGGGUGUGUGGGAUGGGAGUAUGUGGAGUCUGUUGGUGCAUCUGGCGGGUUGUUAUUAAUGUGGGAUGAUGGCUUCUUUAAAAUGAGAAAUUGCUAUAAAAGUGAGCGAUGGCUAUGUGUUGAAGGGGUCCUGGCAGAGAAUACUAUUAACUGUACUUUUUUCUUGGUUUAUGGUGCUCACAAUAGAGAUGAAAAACUUGUUGUGUGGGAGGAGCUGAGUUAUAUGGUUGGUUUAUACCCAGGCGCCUGCUGUUUUUUUGGAGACUUUAAUGAGAUUGGACAGGUGGAAGAAAGGCGAGGAUUAGAAAGCUUACCUUUGUUGGCACACGACUACAAGAAUUGGAUACAUGACAUGGGUUUGGUGGACCUACCGAUCUCUGACCGUAAGUUUACAUGGUUCAGGGGACAGUCAUGCAGCCGUAUUGACAGAGCUUUGGUUAGCUUGGAAUGGCUUGAGGCAUUUCCGGAGACUCGCUUGAGAGGUGGUCCUCGUGGUUUGUCAGAUCAUUGUCCUAUCAUAGUGGAAGGGAAGAGGCUGAGAGACGGUCCGAGGCCAUUUAGAAGUCUAGAUUCGUGGUUUACUCAUGAAGGUUUUUUAAGGAUGGUCAAGGAGGAAUGGAGAGGGUUAGGAGAGAUACCAUUCACCGAUAAACUAAGGGCGUUGAAGGCUCCUUUGGGGAGAUGGCAUAGAGAAAAUUUUGGUGAUACGGACAAGAAAAUUUUGAGGUUUGAGGAAGAGAUCCAGAAGAUUGAUGACAUGGUCGGCAAUGGGAGCUAUGAUGGGACAGUGGAAGCAAGACGGAAGGCGCUAGUUAAGUGUUGUGAGAAAUGGUAUGUGAGGAAAGAACUACAUUGGAAGCAGAUGUCAAGGUCGAGGCAAGCGAGGGACAUGGAUAAAAAUACGAGGUACUUCCACAACUUAGCUUCUGCCAGGCGGAGAAAUAACAGGAUUGAUACUUUACUUAUUAAUGGAAGAUUGAUAAGGAAUCAAGGUAGAAUUAAGCUUGCCAUCAGGGAGUUUUAUAAAGAAUUAUAUCAGCAAGAGAGGUCUCCUGAGGUGGGAUUCAGAGAUGGUCUGGUGGAAAGGAUAAGUGAGGAGGAUUCUAUUGCUUUAGAGAUGCUACCGUCGCCUGAGGAGGUUAAAGAGGCAGUGUGGGAUUGUGAAUCGUCUAAGGCUCAAAGAUGUGACGGUUACAACAUGAAUUUUAUAAAGAAGUGUUGGUCUGAUAUAGGUUCGGAUUUCACGACAGCGGUAUUGGCCUUUUUCCAAUCUUCAAGGUUGCCGCAUGAUGCUAAUGUUACGUGGGUGGCGUUGGCCCCCAAGUUUACUGGUGCUAAGGAAAUCAAAGAUCUGCGUCUGAUUAGUAUGGUGGGGUGUGUUUACAAGGUAAUUUCGAAGAUGCUGGUUCGGAGGAUGAGAUGUGUUAUGCCAGGUUUAGUAGGUGAGACACAGAGUGCUUUUGUUAAGGGUCGGAAGAUUCAUGACGGGGCUUUGAUCGCAUGUGAAACGGUUCAAUGGAUCAAACAGAGAAAGAAGGAAGCGACAGUAAUAAAGCUUGAUUUCCAGAAAGCAUAUGACAGAGUCAAAUGGAGUUUUGUAGACCUUGUAUUACAGAAGAUGGGAUUUGGUCGAAGAUGGUGA